UAAAAUAAAAAUAUAAAAUAAUUAUCGGAGCAAUGGACAUGCGCAAACAUAUAUUUGUGCAACUGCAACUUUCGAGAGUGGUUCUCGAAGGCUAAGUGAACUGAGAGCCACUGCUCGACUCAGCAGUCGACAAGAGGAAUUUUCAACAUUUCGCGUGUUCUUUCUCCGCACUUUUCAACAAAAAAAAAUCGUAUCUCGUAGACGCGGUUCUCCAAAUUUAUCGUUAUUCCGAAAAAGAGGAGUUUUAAAAAGGAUAAAUGUUCAAGGAACAUUUUGAUCAGCGCACUCAAACGAGGUAGCUCUCGAGAGCCACUCUCUUUCGCUCUUUCUCUCUCUUUGCUGCUCUUGACAUAUCCAUCAUGUCGCCGCACGUGUGGUCUAUGAAAAGCACGUUCGAGCUGAUUAGACUUUACCAAAGGAAUGCGCUAUUGUGGGACACGAAGAAUGAGAAUUACAGAAAUCGAGAAGCUAAAGAGACAAUAAUAAGCAAUAUCGCAAAACAUAUGAACGUCUCGACAGCAGAGAUUCAUAGAAAACUUCAUAAUCUGAGAAAUCAGGUAUGUCAGGAAUUACACAGAUUAAAGAAGAAAAGAAGUAAGAGUAAGAAAAUAUGUACCAGCAAUUGGCCUUAUUUUUCAGCAUUGAAAUUUUUAAUUCCAAGUGUAAUAAGUAGAUCUAGAAGUCCAGACAUUAGUAUUCAACAAAUGAUAUUAGAAGAGAAAAAUUAUGACCAAAGGAACACUAUAUUAAAUACAAUGGAAGAUGAACAGAUAUCUACAGAAAAAUACGAAGAGAAAAAGGAAAUAAAAUAUCUUAAAUCAUUAGAUAUCAUUAAUGAGGAAGAAUCGAUUCGUUCACAAAUUUCAUUAUCCAGAGUAACAAAUGAAGAUGAUCGUUUUUGUGAGUGGGUAGCAUUAGAAUUACGAAGUUUACGUUCCGAGAUUAACAAAAGAAAAUUGAAAAGUGAAAUUAGAAAAGCGAUAUGUCGUAUCGCCGACUUAGAUGAUGCGAGCAUAUUCGCCUCUAAUCCAUCAUCCAAUUCGUCUCUGCCCUAUUCAUCCCCUGUACCAUCUCCAACAUACUUAUCUUUAUGUGAAAUAACAAAUGUAAAAUCUGAAUAUAUUAUAUAAAUAAUAUAUAUGCAUUAGGUAAGAGAGCGCAGGGUUUAAUUUAGGUAAUAAUACAUAAAAAUAACUUA